AUGUAUAUAUAUAUAUAUAUUUCAAGAAAAACUAUGUCGUUUUGGUUAAGGCUGAGAAAAGAAAAAAGGAAAGAGCCCUAAAUCAAAUCUGUCGAUUUUGUAUAUCAAAAGAAAAAAAAAAAUCUGUCAAUUUUCACGAUUUUGUCUUCCACUUUUUCUUCUUCCGUACCUUUGUACCAGCAUCAAAAUUCAGCCGCAGCAACACCGAACGACAGCCACACCAACAACCAACGUCGUUUCUCCCUCCGCUAGUUGUUUCUCUCAUCGCUCGCUGUUAACGCAGUCCUCACUCAGGCACGCUGUUCCCCGCUGCAGUUUCCCUCGGUGCUGCUGCUUGCCCUCCUUGCCGCUAGUACUCGUCCUCAAGUCACGCCGCUGCUCUCUGUGUUGCUUGCCUCCAGCGGCUCGGUGAGAUUAUGGCAUACUCAGAACCAGUAGCAACAGAAAGAGAGUCAGUACUGGAAAAUGCUGUUCAUAGGAAACCCAGGAUACUGCUUGCUGCCAGUGGAAGUGUAGCUGCUAUAAAAUUUGGAAAUCUCUGCCAUUGUUUUUCUGAAUGGGCAGAAGUAAAAGCUGUUGCUACAAGGGCUUCUUUACAUUUCAUUGAUAGAGCCUCCCUUCCUAAAGAUGUUGUUCUUUACACUGAUGAGGAUGAAUGGUCUAGUUGGAGUAAAAUAGGAGAUAGUGUUCUUCACAUUGAGCUGCGCCGGUGGGCUGAUAUCAUGGUUAUAGCCCCGUUAUCAGCAAACACACUUGGGAAGAUUGCUGGGGGAUUGUGUGACAAUCUGCUGACUUGCAUUGUCCGAGCGUGGGAUUACAGCAAGCCCCUGUUUGUCGCACCAGCCAUGAAUACUUUCAUGUGGACCAAUCCUUUCACAGAGAAGCAUCUGAUGACAAUUGAUGAACUUGGGAUUUCCCUCAUUCCACCCAUCACAAAAAGGCUGGCCUGUGGUGAUUAUGGGAGUGGUGCAAUGGCUGAACCUUCUCUAAUCUACUCAACCAUAAGGCUCUUCUUGGAGUCUCGGGUUCAAGCAGGAGAUGGAAGAGGGAAUUAGUUUCAUUUUAAUGCUCUGUUUUUGCUGCUCUUUUCAUCUUUUAAUGGGUAAAUUGUGGUCUUAUGAGUCAUGAGAUCAUGCAAGCCCCAUAAGCUAUAUGAAAGGAGCACCAAACUCCCAACCCAUGUAAUAGUCUCACUUAUUAUAUGAGUAGCAUGUCUUAUGGAUAUUGUGUCCCUAGAAAUACCAGUAAGAUUUCAUUUAAAUUGCA